CCAUGACAUAAUAUCUGUUAAAACAAUUAUUAAAUAUUUACUCUUAAAAAUACUUACUAAUUCUGUGCAUUUCUGCAGAUAUAAGAAACUCCUGGAAAUGGCAAUAAAUAUGUUAAGUGCAUUUGGAAAUGAAGACUUCAGUUGCCAUCGAGACUUAAAAACAGAUCAACUGAAAAUGGAUAUUCUGAUUAAGAAGCUAAAACAUAAGGAAAAGCACAGUAUGAAAAACAAUUAGAGCAGUUAAAUAAGGAUAAUAUGACUUCGCUAAAUAAGAAGAAACUCGAACUUAAAGAUGCGGAAUGUAAAUUCUCCGAAAUGAAGACUGCUUAUAAAGAGGUUACAACUGAAUUAGAAGAAUAUAAGGAAGCUUUUGCAAUAGCAUUGAAAGCUAACAAUUCCGUGUCAAAAACAUUAACGAAAUCCAAUAAGAAAAUAGCAAUGAUCAACACCAAGCUCCUUAUGAAGAACAAGCAGGUGAAAUAUUUUCUCAGCACUCUUCCUACAAGGCGAGACCCAGAGUCACCUUGUGUUGAAAAUCUUCCCAGUAUAGGACUCAACAGAAAAUAUAUUCCCCAAAUGCCCGUAAGAAUUCCUACUUCAAAUCCACAGACUUCAAAUAACUGCAAGAACUACUUGACUUAGAUGGAGCUGGACUGUGCAGAACAAAUAAUUAGAGAAACAAAGAGAACUGUUGCUGUGUUGGACACUUGCUCCCGUCUACUUUCUUCUCUAGAAUCCACUGCCCUGGAAUGAGUGAUUUUUCUUAGAAGCAGAGGUGGAGCCACUGAGGAAGCACAAGCGAGCCCUCCCCAGCACGUGCUUACUGGUCCCCAACAGAAAAACCGCUGCUGCAUCCACUGAG